AAUUUCAGUCUGAUUUUCUUGAAGAGAGAUUGGUAGAAGACAUUGGCAAGAGUGUUAAUGGAAGACUAACAAAGGAAGAGGAAAUCCGAAAACAUAAAAAGAAUAAUAAUAAGCGAGUCUCAUUCACUGACGAGGUUGAUGUACUUGGGAUAUUGAAUCCGGAGAUUGAAACACUAACAGAGUGACGAGUCAGGAUCAAAUCCUAGGCCUAUUGAGCUUAAGAUUUCGACUACGUCACGGGGGAAAAAGAAGAAGAAGAAAUUAACAUGGUCAAGUUGGCUGAUGAUGAUUCCAUAGCCAAAAAGGGUGUUAGUAACGAAGAAGAACCACGAACUUGCGAUGAUAAGCUUGCGAGAUAUGUGGAGAAAAUGCAAGAUGAAUGGAAGGCAGUACAGAAACAAAACAUGGAGAAAUGUGUGGAGGAUUGCCAGAAAUUGGAAGAGCUGAAUAAUGUGAUGGAAUUGAAGCUAUACCAACUGCUGAAAGAGAAAAUUAGAAAGAACAGUGAAUUGGAAAUGAAGCUUAGUUUCGUUACCAGAGAGAUCUAG